CCCUCUUCCCAACCGCAUCGCCAAAAGAACAUCUGAAGCUUGCUUAGGAAGACACAUUGUCGAGGUAUGUCUGCACGAUGUCUCUUGGUUUGAUCAUCAUCAUCAUCACUGUCUUUGUUUGAUUUUCGUUUCCAUCCACCGACGACGGCGCCGCCACGCCUUGAUCCAUGCGUUCCAGCGACGCCGUCCGUCGUGCGAUCCCCUCUAUGCACGCGAAGCAUAACGGGGCGAAUGAUGGACGAUGAUGAUGAUGAUGAUGAUCAUCCAAGCAGACUUCGCCCUCAUUUCACUAUACGCCCGCGACAGCAUGCUAAUCGAGAUAGCUAGGCAAGAUGCAGAUUUUCGUCAAGACCCUGACGGGCAAGACCAUCACCCUUGAGGUCGAGUCCAGCGACACCAUUGACAAUGUCAAGUCCAAGAUCCAGGACAAGGAGGGCAUCCCCCCUGACCAGCAGCGCCUGAUCUUCGCCGGAAAGCAGCUCGAGGACGGCCGCACCCUGUCCGACUACAACAUCCAGAAGGAGUCCACCCUCCACCUGGUCCUCCGCCUCCGUGGUGGUAUGGCCAAGAAGCGCAAGAAGAAGGUCUACACCACCCCUAAGAAGAUCAAGCACAAGCGCAAGAAGAACAAGCUGGCUGUGCUCAAGUACUACAAGGUCGGCAACGACGGCAGCAUUGAGCGCCUCCGCCGCGAGUGCCCCGCUGACACUUGCGGCGCUGGUGUCUUCAUGGCCUCCAUGCCCGACCGCCAGUACUGUGGCCGCUGCCACCUCACCUACAUCGUCGACAAGCAAUAGACGAUUUCUGCGAGGAAUGGCGUGCGGAUGAUUUAAACAUGAGGGAUGGAUGGGUUAGUUAGGGCGUGGGAUGCUGUACGUCCCGGGCAAGUCAUUUCGGCGUUGAUGUAGCAUAGAGCACAUCGGACAUGACAUUCAAAAAAUGAUGACCUUUCACCUGUGC